CCCCCUUAACCUCUCGGGCAAACCAGCUUGUUGCUUCUGAUUCACAAAAACGUUCUAUAUAUUUAAUCUACUAAUUAUAUCAACAAUGAAUAAAUCCAAAUAUCUAACAGAACAAUCUGGAACUCGAAAGAAACUUCGAAACCAAACCCAUUACUACAAAAUUCACAAACCCUGACAAUUCGAAAUCCCUUAUUCUUCUCAUCGAAUCGAACUACCUCACAUUGAUUAAUCACCAAUGGCGGAACAUUUAGCUUCAAUUUUCGGCACUGAGAAAGACAGAGUGAAUUGUCCGUUCUACUUUAAGAUCGGAGCAUGCAGACAUGGCGAUCGAUGCUCGAGGCUCCACACGAAGCCGAGUAUAAGCCCUACGAUCCUUCUCUCCAACAUGUAUCAGCGUCCUGAUAUGAUUACCCCCGGUGUUGAUGUUAAUGGCUUACCAAUUGAUCCUCGUAAGAUUCAGGAUCAUUUUGAAGAGUUUUAUGAAGAUUUAUUUGAAGAAUUAUCGAAGUAUGGUGAUAUUGAAAGUCUUAAUGUUUGUGAUAAUCUUGCUGAUCAUAUGGUUGGUAAUGUGUAUGUUCAGUUCAGAGAGGAAGAACAUGCUGCUAAUGCUGUUAGGAAUCUCACUGGAAGAUUUUACGCUGGUCGGCCGAUUAUUGUUGAUUUUUCUCCGGUGACAGACUUCCGCGAGGCUACUUGCAGGCAGUAUGAGGAGAAUACUUGCAACCGCGGUGGUUAUUGUAACUUCAUGCACUUGAAAAGAAUUAGCAGGGAUUUGAGGCGUCAGUUGUUUGGGAGGCACCAUGAAAGGCACAGUAGGAGCAGGAGUAGGAGUCCUUACAGGCAUCGAAGCUACGAGGAGCGGUCUCACCGCAGUAAGCAUGAUGACAGAGACAGAGACAGGGACUAUCAUCGUGACAGUCAUAGCAGGAGACGCAAGACCUCAAGUCCUGGACGGAGGAGGGGAAGGAGUCCCAGUCGAAGUCGAAGUCCUGUUCGAAGGAGGAAUCACAGUCCGAUCAGGGAUGGCAGUGAGGAGAGACGAGCCAGAAUUGAACAGUGGAACAGGGAGAGGGAGGAGAAAGAACCUGCAAGUAAGGUUAAUGCAGAAGAACCCAAUAAUGGCAAUAAUGCUAGCGCAUAUCAUGAGGACCAGCAGCAAGAGCAGCAACAGCAACCUCCUCAGGACGGAUAUUGAUCUGUCUAUGUUACUGGUGGUGCAGGUACACUGUUCCAUGAUGUGAAAUAUGCCCCUCCCCCUUGGGAUUUUUCCUUUUGUUAUGCAUGAUGUUUGAUUUUGUGUAUGGGUGUACCACUUUAUGCAUCUUUCCCAAAUUAAAUCUCAAGUUGGAACCAUAUUUUUUCAUAGAUCUCAACUGUACUAAUUCCAUUGCAUUUUUUAGUGUGCUAUCCAUAGUGGACAAAUAUAUUUGAAGUACUGCACAGCUAAGCUCUUUCUUGUUUCCAACCCACGUGUGCAGAUCAUCUGACAAUAAUGAUUUUUCCAUUAGCUCAUGCUGCUGUCCCUAUAAAUUUUUAGAUAGCAGCCAUAACUUUUGUCAGUUGUUUCUUUCAAAAUUGUUUUUCACUAUUCGAUCAUUUUAUGUAAAAAAACAGCAGUGUUCCCUUUUUCAACUAGCUAAUUAUGAACUCAGUAGAAUGUGUGCUUGCUUGUUAUGGUGGUUUAUUUGCAUUUGCUGCAUGUCUGCCUUAUUUUUUCAGUCAGGGAUCCUGAUCACCAUCACACGUGAAGACUAGUGAACGACCAUUUCAACAGUUCUUAUAGGAGUUUUUGUUUUCUGAGUUCUGUUUAAACUAUUUUGAAAUCAGAAAUUGUAUUAUUAUCUUACAUAAUAAUGAGUUUUGCAGGUUCAGGUAUCCCUGCUUCUAAGAGUCGAGCCUUUGAGUUAAUUGCAGUUUACUGGAAAUUUGUGUACAGGUUCAGCCUUUGCUCUGGGAGGAUGUUUUAAUGGAUCUUUCAGGUAUAAUUUGGAGAUUCUGACGAGCAGUUUCAGCUGGGGUGUAAUAGCGUAAAGAUGAAUAAUUAGGUGAAGACUUAUGUCAUUAGUUUUCUUCUAAUUCCAAGCAGAAGAAGUUGACUUUAAUUUUUAUUUUUCUUUCUACUGGCAUGUUAGGAUACUUCCUUCCGUGUAAGCUUUAGAUGCCUAUUGGAGAGUGACCUUUGAGCUCAUUAUUUUUAUAUUCUGCUUGUAAAAUUGUUACUGAGGUUGUAGAUUUUAACUUUAAAUGUUGCAUGUUUUUCCA